CCAAUUUCUUCAUUUCUCCUACAACGCUAGGUUUUCACUUAACCCCUCUACUUCACUCGUAAUUACCAUUCUACCAUUCUUCUAACAAUCCCCGCCGGUCACCGGAAAACCGAUUCUCGCCGCCGCUCUUGGUCUCCAUCUCCGAUUCAAGUAAAAAAUUCGGAAUCAUGAUGCCAUCUCCGAGAACUCACCGGCGAGGUAACGACGAGAAAAAUCGAAAGGAUACGAGGUUAUCGGAGAAAUCCAAGUCGUUUCACGACCAGAGCUCAGGGAGCAGUAAAACGGAGUUGCUACGAAGGCCGAAGACGGUACCGGAUUUACUCGCCGGCGGCAGAAAUUCUGCCGGUGAAUCGUCGUCGGCGAAUAUCCGUCCGAUGAAAUUAACGAAGUUGCUGUUAAAUGUAACGAUUCAAAGGAGUGUUGGACCUGUACAGGUACUAAUAUCGUUGGAAUCGACGGUAGCAGAUCUCAUCGCCGCCGCUUUACGGCAGUACACGAAGGAAGGACGACGGCCGGUACUUUCCUCCAUUAACGCCGGCGAUUACGAUCUUCAUUACUCGCAGUUCAGCUUAGAAAGUUUGGAGAGGGAAGAAAAUCUCAAUGCAUUGGGGUCAAGAAAUUUUUUUAUGUGCCCAAAAGAUGUUGCCUCAACGACGUCGUAUUUGAGUUGUGGAAAACAAGCUGAUACAACUACCAAGAUACCUUUGCCAUGGCUAAAAUUCAUGGAUUUUUUAUUGUGAAAAAAAGAUAAAGAUUAAAAAUUUAUAGUCUUGCAACUUAGUAAUAUUUCUUAUUUUUAAUGAUAUUUCUAAGUUCCGCUCGAUCGUUUCUCAAGUUAAUAUAUUCAAUGUUCGAAAAAGAGUAGACUUUUGAAAGUCUGGAGCUGGUAGUUAUGAAUAGUGUUAUUUUUUACAAAAGUUAUCUCGUUAUAGCUUGAUACUAUACAUUUGAGAUUGUAUUAUUUUAUACAAUAUAGUACAUGUUAUAGUUGGUCCAAA